CCGGAGCAGGCAGCACCGACCCGCCACAGCGCCGCGCGCAGCUGGAGCAAUGACCUUAACGAAAGAGAGCUUCCACAGGGUUCCUCCACCCGCUUCUGAAGUGGCCAAGGCUGAUAUGGACUGCACUGGAGAGAAGGAGGAGGCUCUGGGGCAGUCAGUGCUGAGGACUGGAGCAGUGGCGCCCGGGAAGCAAGCGGUGGGAAGGCUGGUCAUGCACAGCAUGGCGAUGUUUGGCCGGGAGUUCUGCUAUGCCGUGGAGGCCGCCUUUGUCACGCCGGUGCUGCUCAGUGUAGGGCUGCCCAAGAACCUCUACAGCCUGGUGUGGCUCAUCAGCCCUAUCCUGGGCUUCGUGCUGCAGCCUGUGGUAGGUUCAGCCAGUGAUCACUGCACCUGUAGCUGGGGCAGGAGACGACCUUACAUUCUGGGUCUAGGCAUCACAAUGCUGUUAGGCAUGGCUUUGUACCUCAAUGGGGACGUGAUGAUCUCAGCUUUCAUCGAUGAGAAUGAAAAGCGGCGGACGUGGGCAAUAGUCAUUACCAUGCUGGGAGUAGUGCUUUUUGAUUUUGCAGCUGAUUUUAUUGAUGGCCCCAUCAAAGCGUAUUUAUUUGAUGUCUGCUGUCAUCAGGAUAAAGAGAAGGGUCUGCAUUACCACGCCCUCUUUACAGGUUUGGGAGGAGCCCUGGGUUACCUGACAGGUGCUAUGGAUUGGGGUCAGACUGUACUAGGAUAUUCCUUGGCAUCGGAAUUCCAAGUGAUUUUCCUCUUCGCAGCCUUGGUUUUCAUAAUCUGCCUUACCGUGCAUCUGUGCAGUAUUCCUGAAGUCCCACUCAGAUACAAAAAUGAAGAGGCAAAGUUCUUGUUGGAAGUGACUGAACCCCAUAAAUAUAACUCCACAGAGGAGGAAAUCAAGAAUGGUUACUUAAAAUCAACAUGCACUGAAAUAAAGACUGCAGCUAAACCAGGGAAAUGCACAGUUGUGUCACAGGAUCAAAGGCAGAUGACCCUUAAAUCACUCUUGAAGACACUUUUAAGCAUGCCAUCCCACUAUCGCUGUCUGUGUGUGAGCCACCUCUUUGGAUGGAUGGCUUUCCUGUCCAACAUGCUCUUCUUCACGGAUUUCAUGGGACAGGUUGUAUACCAGGGUAAUCCUUAUGCACCUCACAACUCCACACUUUACCUUACCUACAAAGCAGGAGUAGAGAUGGGAUGCUGGGGACUGUGCAUCAAUGCAAUUUCUUCGUCAGUCUAUUCUUAUGUGCAGAAAGUUCUUCUGCCAUACAUAGGAUUAAAAGGACUUUAUUUCAUUGGAUACCUCCUUUUUGGACUGGGUACUGGAUUAAUUGGCUUGUUUCCCAAUGUCUAUUCCACUCUGGCUCUGUGUUCACUCUUUGGAGUCAUGUCCAGCACACUGUACACAGUGCCAUUCCACCUCAUUGCAGAGUACCACAGGGAAGAAGAGAGCCUGAAGCUGCAGGAUGGGGAACAAGCAGGAGAGUACGGACGAGGGAAGGGCAUUGACUGUGCUGCUCUCACUUGCAUGGUCCAGCUUGCCCAGAUCAUCCUUGGUGUGGGCCUGGGGCUCUUGGUUAGUGUUGCUGGCAGCGCCGUCACUGUGAUUUCGGCGUCCACGGUGGCUCUGGUCGGCUGCUGCUUCGUUGCUUUCUGUGUUCGUUAUGUGGAGUAGGACUGUGAGAAGUGACUGGAAGAAACCUCCCCAGGGGAGUGUUUUCUUUCUGGGUCCGGAGCACUGGUGCUGUUGCUGUGCUGAUACUGCUGGCACAUCCUCCUCUCUUACCUCCUUGGAUCGGUUGCAAUUCCAGAGCUUUAUGAAACGGAGACUUGAUAAAACUGGUUGCCUAAUGCCUCAGAUGCGUACACACACCCAGUGUAUUCACAUGCUGUGACAUGUGACAGCGUGUCUGCCUGUGGUAUUUUGAUGCCCUACAUGAGGAGUCAUUACGAAACUCCUCAUUACCAAUUUGUGGAAGUUAAUAGAUGAAGUAUGUGAUAAAUUGAAGUAAUGUAAAAGGACAGAGCUGGGAAGAAAGUUAUUAUUUAUCUUGUUUUUCAGGUAUUUUAAGUUUGGGGCUGUUCCCUCCUGUAGUCAAAACCUGCAAGAGGAUCAAGCAGGUGUCAAAGGGCAAGCAGGGUGCAGCUGUGUUAUGAUUAGUAGUACUGCUAAAGGGGAUCAGUUAAUUAUCAGCCAUGGUUAAAAGUAGGUUUGAGUGUGAAAAAUGUUUGGAAUAUCAAAAAGAUUGAAGCCAAUUGUUUAAAAACAUAAUUGUAAAGUAAUUAUUAAGUACUGGAUCCUGAUGCUUCUGUAUAAAUGACAUGGAAGUACUAGCUAGGCUUAUCAGGAAAGUCUGCCUAAGUCUGUUCUGCAAAUCCAUAUGUAGGCACCUAAAAAAUCUGUUUAUGGGGAACAGCUGCCAUCUCUUCCUUUUUUAAAAACUGGCCUCUAAAUUUUGAUACUGUAAUUGAAAAAAUAAACUUUUUAAAAACUGACCU